AUGGGGGGUGAGACUCUGGUCCUCGCUUCUGCCCUUUGUCCACCAACAGGAUUGGACCAGAUUGUCUGUGGGAAGCCGAUCUUAGUGAACCCUCCUAGGAUUAGUCUGGACGCCUGCAUGAGGGAGAGGGUGACACUCAGCAUGGGCACAGGGUGGGGGCUUCGGGGCCUGCUCCAGACCCUGGCGAUUGCAGUCUGCAUAACACAGCGGGCAGGGGACGCCCAGCAGAGCGCUCGGCGCUGGGCUCGAAGGGGCCGCCACCUCUGCGGGCCGCGCGGACAGACGGACGGGGCGGGGAGUCCAGGUCCUCGAGGUCCGGGGUCUCCCCGCGCCCAGCGGACCCGCCCCUCCCAGCCCAGCUACUUCCCAGAAGGCGCGGCGCCUUUAUCUGCAGAGCCGGGCUUCACGGCAGCCUUCGACACUGUAAAGGCGGCCCGGGCGCGGGGGUCCCCUGUGGGGUCGGCCUUGGCGAGGCGGGUCCGCCUGUGCCACGGAAGCAGAAGCAGGCGCCCGCGGACACUCGCGGGCCCGGGCCUCGCGCACGUGGCCACGUCCAGCCUGGAAGGAGGCUCUCUCUCGCAGCUCUUGCUCCUCUGUCCAGGGUGCUGCUAUCCGUCCCUCCGGCCGCAAGCUCCGGGCCUCCGAGGCGCGUCUACCGCCCUCCCCGUGUCCAAUUCUCGGGGCUUCUCCCCCCCAGGGGAGCCUCGGAGCACCUCCUGUCUGGGCCCUGGCAGUGGCUCCUCACCAGCCUCCCUGCCUCUCCUCUCCGUCCCCUCCCGAGGCUGCUGCAGCCUCACCGCCCGCAGCUCCCCCUUUCUCACUACCUGCCAGAGAAGCUGGCCACGGUUUCCCACCUCAGCGCCUUUGCCUGAGCCAUCCUCCCAUUCCCGGCACGCCCUUCCCUGCUCAGCUCUACGCCUGGGAGGUCUCAGACCCCCACCCUCGGCUGCCAGCAGCUCCCGGGCCACCCACGGCUUUCUUUUUGGUCCCCAGAGCCCAGCACGGGGCGCGUGCUUGGCGGUGACUCACUUGGAUCGAUCGGAGUCCCAGGAGCUGAACAUCGAUUAUGGCGCCUACCACCAGCCCGACUACGAAUACUCAGUAGCCCUGCCUGAGCUCCAUCCCACCUUUGGAAUGACCUUCUUCCCCACGGGCACCAUCACACCCUAUGCAAGUGUCCUGAACCCUUCACACAAUGGCCAAGUGUGCAGCACGUGGGGCAACUCCCAUUACAAGACCUUCGAUGGGGACAUCUUCCAGUUUCCGGGCCUGUGUAACUACGUCUUUGCCUCGCAUUGCCAAACUGCUUAUGAAGAUUUCAAUAUUCAGAUCCGGCGCUCCCUGGUCGGGGAGACCUCCACCAUCAGCCGCAUCCUCCUCAAGACAGAAGGGAUGGUCUUAGAGCUGUCUCCCAACGCCGUCUUCAUCAACGGGCAGCGGGAACAACUGCCCUUCAGCCAGGCUGGGUUCACCGUGGAGGCAAGUAGCACCUACAUCAAGGUCAGCAUGAGGAUGAUUCUAACCUUCCUGUGGAAUGGUGAUGACAGUGCCUUGCUGCAACUGGAUGCAAAAUACGCCAACCAGACCUGUGGGCUCUGCGGGGACUUCAAUGGCCUUCCCACGUACAACGAGUUCUACUCCAACAAUGUCCGGCUGCUCCCCUUGCAGUUUGGGAACCUGCAGAAGCUGGACGGGCCCACUGAGCAGUGUCAGGACCCCCUCCCCUCCCCAGCCAACAACUGCACAGAUGAGGAGGGCAGCUGCCUCAGGGUCCUGAAUGGCCUGGCUUUCAGGGGGUGCAACCAGCUGGUGGACCCCCAGCCCUACGUGGAGGCCUGCGUCCAGGAUCUCUGUAGCUGCAAAGAAGCCGAUCGCUUCUCUUGUCUGUGUGCCACGUUCUCCGAGUACUCCCGCCAGUGUGCCCAUGCUGGCGGGCAGCCCCUCAACUGGCGGAGUCCGGACCUGUGCAAUAAGGGGUGCCCCUUCAACAUGCAGUACCACGAGUGUGGCUCCCCUUGCAUGGACACCUGCUCCAACCCUGAGCGCUCCCAGCUCUGUGAGGAGCAUUGCGUGGAUGGCUGCUUCUGCCCCCCAGGGACAGUCCUGGAUGACAUUCAGGGCCAGGGCUGCGUGACCCUGGACCAGUGUCACUGUACCCACAACGGCCAGACCUACGAGCCUGGAGCCUCCUUCUCUACCCGCUGCAGCUCCUGCACGUGCUUUUCUGGCCUCUGGGAAUGUGAGGAGCUCCCGUGCCCAGGGACGUGCUCCGUGGAGGGCGGGUCCCACAUCACCACCUUCGACCAGAAGCACUACAAUGUCCACGGGGACUGCAGCUAUGUCUUGUCCAAGAAAUGCAAUGACGCCACCUUCACUAUCCUGGGGGAGCUGCGCAAGUGCGGCAUGACGGACAAUGAGAACUGCCUCAAGUCAGUGUCUCUGAACCUGAAUGAAGGAGAGACGGUCAUCAGGAUCCAGCCCAGUGGAGCCGUGUUUGUGAACUCCAUCUACAUGCAGCUGCCCAUCUCUGCAGCCAACAUCACCAUAUUCCAGGCCUCGACUCACUUCGUCCUGGUCCACGCCGCCUUCGGGCUGCUCCUGCAGAUCCAGCUGGUGCCCCUCAUGCAGGUGUCCGUGCGGCUGGAUCCCUCCUUCCGGGGCCAGAUGUGCGGCCUCUGCGGAAACUUCAACCAGAACCAGGCGGACGAUUUCACAGCCACCAGUGGGGUGGUGGAAGGAACGGGAGCCGCCUUUGCCAACACCUGGAAGACCCAGGCCAACUGUCCCAACAUCAGGAACAGCUUCGAGAACCCGUGCUCCCUCAGUGUCGAAAAUGAAAACUACGCCCAGCACUGGUGCUCCCUGCUUGUGGACCACGGCACCAUCUUCUCCCAGUGCCACGCCUUCGUGAACCCGGCACCUUACUUUAAGAACUGCAUGUUUGACACUUGCAACUGUGAGAAGAGCGAGGACUGUCUGUGUGCGGCGCUAUCUUCCUAUGUGCAAGCCUGUGCUGCCCAGGGAGUGCUUCUGAGCGGCUGGAGGGCCGGGGUCUGCACCAAGUACAUGGACAGCUGCCCAAGCUCCUUCAGCUACAGCUACGUGGUGGAGUCCUGCCAGCCAACCUGCCGCUCCCUGAGCGAGCCCGACGUCACGUGCAGUGUCCACUUCGACCCCGUGGAUGGCUGUGUUUGCCCCAAAGACACCUAUCUCAAUGACGCGGGGCAGUGUGUGCCCGCCACUCAGUGCCCCUGCUACUUCAAGGGCACCAUGGUGGCUCUGGGAGAAACCAUCCAGGAGAACGGCGCAGUGUGUUCUUGCACCAGUGGGAAGCUGAGCUGCUUUGGAGUCGUGGAUCCGAGCCCAGUCUGCACGCCUCCCAUGGUCUACUUGGACUGCAACAACGCCUCGGCGGGGACCCUGGGGGCCCAGUGCCAGAAGAGCUGUGACACACUGGAUGUGGCCUGUUACAACGCCCAGUGUGUGUCCGGCUGCGUCUGCCCUGGAGGAUUAGUGAAGAAUGGAAAUAACGGCUGCGUCAAGGAGGAGGACUGUCCUUGCGUUCACAACGAGGCCUCCUACAAAUCGGGGGAGACCAUCCGAGUGGACUGUAACAACUGCACCUGCAAGAACCGGAGGUGGGAGUGCACCCAGGCCCCGUGCCUGGGCACGUGUGCAGUGUACGGAGACGGGCACUUCAUCACCUUCGACAGCGAGCGCUACAACUUUGAGGGGAAUUGCGAGUAUACGCUGGUUCAGGACUACUGUGGGGGAAACACCACCACCAAUGGGACCUUCCGCGUGAUCACAGAGAACAUCCCCUGUGGCACCACGGGGGUCACCUGCUCCAAGGCCAUCAAAGUGUUUCUCAUGGGAACGGAACUGAUAUUCAAUGAGGGCCACGUGAAAAUGGUGGCGCGGGGGACAGACAAGGAGAUCCCAUACAAGAUCCACUCUAGAGGCAUCUACAUGGUCCUUGAGACCCAAGCGGGGAUGGUUCUGAUGUGGGACCGGAAAACCAGCAUCUUCAUUAAGUUACAUCAGCGCUACAAGGGCAAGGUCUGCGGGCUCUGCGGGAACUACGACGGCAACAGCCUCAAUGACUUCACCACCAGGAGCCUGUCGGUGGUGGGUGACGUGCAGGAGUUCGGCAACAGCUGGAAGCUCUCCCCCACCUGCCCGGAUGCCGUUCCCGUCAGGGACCCCUGCACCGCCAACCCUUACCGCAAAGCCUGGGCGCAGAAGCAGUGCAGCAUCAUCAACAGCGCCGUCUUCGCAGCCUGCCACCCUCAGGUGGACUCCACCAAAUACUACGAGGCCUGUGUGUCAGAUGCGUGCGCCUGUGACUCUGGGGGAGACUGUGAGUGUUUCUGCACAGCGGUGGCGGCCUACGCUCAGGCCUGCAAUGACGUGGGCGUCUGCAUCUCCUGGAGGAAGCCAGAUAUUUGUCCCAUGUUCUGUGACUUCUACAAUCCCCACGGAGAGUGUGACUGGCACUACCAGCCCUGUGGAGCACCCUGUCUGAAGACCUGUGGCAACCCAAGUGGGAAGUGCCUGGUGGACUUACCUGGGUUAGAAGGCUGCUAUCCAGACUGUCCGGCUGAGAAACCUUUCUUCAGUGAAAGCCAGAUGAAGUGCGUCGACCAAUGUGGCUGUUACGACGAGGAAGGGAACUAUUAUGAAGUGGGAGACAAAGUCGUGAGCCGAGCCAACUGCCAGAGCUGUAACUGUACCACGAGUGGCAUCCAGUGCAUCCCGGACCAAAAUGAGUGCACUUGCUUGUAUGAGGGUCACACGUACCAUGUCCAUGAGGUAAUUUACAACACCACGGACGGCCUGGGAGGCUGCCUCAUCGCCAUCUGUGGCGAAAAUGGGACGAUCAAGCGCAUGUCCGAAGAGUGCCCCGGGACGCCCUCCACCUCUUCGCCAUUCACCUUCAUCACCAGGCUGCCCUCCACUGCAGAGACCACCAGCACCGUCUCAGCCGCUUCCACAGUGUGUGUGCGAGAAGUUUGUGAGUGGUCCGACUGGUACGACAGCAGCACGCCGGGAGCGGGGCUGGAUGGUGGAGAUUUUGAUACGUUCGAGAACCUCCGGCUGAGCGGAUACUCAAUCUGCCCCGGUGCUCGGGACGUGGCGUGCAGGGCCCGGGCGUUUCCGAGCAUCUCGCUGGCAGAAGUGGGACAGAAGGUGGAGUGCAGCCUGUCCCGGGGGCUGCUAUGCUACAAUGCGGAGCAGGAGCCGCCCUUGUGUCACGACUAUGAGAUCCGAGUACUGUGCUGCAGCUACGUGCCUUGUGGUGGGUCCACAACCACGGGCACCAGCUCAUCUGCCACAAGAUCUACAAUGUCCCCCCAAACAUUAUCGACCUUGACCUCACAGACAUGGUCCACGCCCCCCAGAGCCAGUACUACUGGGUCCUGCCAGCCCCAAUGCCAAUGGACAGAGUGGUUUGAUACCGAUUACCCCAAGUCCGAAGCCAUUGGUGCAGACAUCGAGACAUACGACAAGAUCAGGAGCACAGGAGAGAAGUUCUGCCAGGAGCCCCAAGGCAUCGAAUGCCAGGCAGAGAACUACCCUAACAUGACUCUUGAGGAAGUAGGACAGGUUGUGUAUUGUGAUGUUCACUUUGGCUUUAUCUGUAGAAAUGAAGAACAAUUAGGUUUGUUCAAAAUGUGUCUUAACUACAAGAUCAAGGUCCUGUGUUGUGAUGACAGCAAUUGCCAUACAACGACUCCAGUCACCUCUGCAACCCGAGAGUCCACGCCAGUCAUUCCCCUGUCCACACGCUCACCCCCAGGCACAGAAGUGACCGUUACAACAUCCUCUUCAGCUCCUCACCCAAUCACCACCGCAGUCAGCAGCACAGCAAAGACCUCGGCAGCGUCCACAUCGACCCCCUUGGCUACAACCACCAAGAUGGUAGAGGUGAAAACCGCAGCCACUCCUGGACCUACCCAGGGCACAGUUAAAACAAGCUCUCCCCUCACCCACUCAUCUACAGAAACAGUUCAGACAACACAAAGACAAUCCACAAACUCAGAGAUCUCAACAGCCACAACACAACCGAGCUCAACUUUGAAGACACAGACUACCACGCUGCUUCCUCCUGGCCCCACAUCAACCGGUACAAUAACUUCAUCACAAGCCACAACACUCGUCUCUACUUCCUGUCAACCAAAGUGUGAAUGGACAGAGUGGUUUGAUACCGAUUACCCCAAGUCCGAAGCCGUUGGUGCAGACAUCGAGACAUACGACAAGAUCAGAAGCACAGGAGAGAAGUUCUGCCAGGAGCCCCAAGGCAUCGAAUGCCAGGCAGAGAACUACCCUAACAUGACUCUUGAGGAAGUAGGACAGGUUGUGCAUUGUGAUGUCCACUUUGGCUUUAUCUGUAGAAAUGAAGAACAACCAGGUUUGUUCAAAAUGUGUCUUAACUACAAGAUCAAGGUCCUGUGUUGUGAUGACAGCAAUUGCCAUACAACGACUCCAGUCACCUCUGCAACCCGAGAGUCCACGCCAGUCACUCCCCUGUCCACACGCUCACCCCCAGGCACAGAAGUGACUGUUACAACAUCCUCUUCAGCUCCUCACCCAAUCACCACCGCAGUCAGCAGCACAGCAAAGACCUCGGCAGCGUCCACAUCGACCCCCUUGGCUACAACCACCAAGAUGGUAGAGGUGAAAACCGCAGCCACUCCUGGACCUACCCAGGGCACAGUUAAAACAAGCUCUCCCCUCACCCACUCAUCUACAGAAACAGUUCAGACAACACAAAGACAAUCCACAAACUCAGAGAUCUCAACAGCAACAACACAACCGAGCUCAACUUUGAAGACACAGACUACCACGCUGCUUCCUCCUGGCCCCACAUCAACCGGUACAAUAACUUCAUCACAAGCCACAACACUCGUCUCUACUUCCUGUCAACCAAAGUGUGAAUGGACAGAGUGGUUUGAUACCGAUUACCCCAAGUCCGAAGCCGUUGGUGCAGACAUCGAGACAUACGACAAGAUCAGAAGCACAGGAGAGAAGUUCUGCCAGGAGCCCCAAGGCAUCGAAUGCCAGGCAGAGAACUACCCUAACAUGACUCUUGAGGAAGUAGGACAGGUUGUGCAUUGUGUCCACUUUCUUUGUAGAAAUGAAGAACAACCAGGUUUGUUCAAAAUGUGUCUUAACUACAAGAUCAAGGUCCUGUGUUGUGAUGACAGCAAUUGCCAUACAACGACCCCAGUCACCCAGCCAGUGGAACUGACCGCCACCCUGAGGACUGGCCCCACGGCACAGACAUCCCUCACCACCAAGAACCCGGUGACAGAGAGCAGCCCAAUCACCUCUGCAACCCAAGAGUCCACGCCAGUCACUCCCCUGUCCACACGCUCACCCCCAGGCACAGAAGUGACCGUUACAACAUCCUCUUCAGCUCCUCACCCAACCACCAGCAGUCACAGCACAGCAAAGAUCGGCAGCGUCCAUCGACCACCAAGAUGGCAAGAAGUGACCGUUACAACAUCCUCUUCAGCUCCUCACCCAACCACCACUGCAGUCAGCAGCACAGCAAAGACCUCGGCAGUGUCCACAUCAACCACCAAGAUGGUAGAGGUGAAAACCGCAGCCACUUCUGGACCUACCCAGGGCAGAGUUAAAACAAGCUCUCCCCUCACCCACUCAUCUACAGAAACAGUUCAGACAACACAAAGACAAUCCACAAACUCAGAGAUCUCAACAGCCACAACACAACCGAGCUCAACUUUGAAGACACAGACUACCACGCUGCUUCCUCCUGGCCCCACAUCAACCGGUACAAUAACUUCAUCACAAGCCACAACACUCGUCUCUACUUCCUGUCAACCAAAGUGUGAAUGGACAGAGUGGUUUGAUACCGAUUACCCCAAGUCCGAAGCCGUUGGUGCAGACAUCGAGACAUACGACAAGAUCAGAAGCACAGGAGAGAAGUUCUGCCAGGAGCCCCAAGGCAUCGAAUGCCAGGCAGAGAACUACCCUAACAUGACUCUUGAGGAAGUAGGACAGGUUGUGUAUUGUGAUGUUCACUUUGGCUUUAUCUGUAGAAAUGAAGAACAAUCAGGUUUGUUCAAAAUGUGUCUUAACUACAAGAUCAAGGUCCUGUGUUGUGAUGACAGCAAUUGCCAUACAACGACUCCAGUCACCUCUGCAACCCGAGAGUCCACGCCAGUCACUCCCCUGUCCACACGCUCACCCCCAGGCACAGAAGUGACCGUUACAACAUCCUCUUCAGCUCCUCACCCAACCACCACUGCAGUCAGCAGCACAGCAAAGACCUCGGCAGUGUCCACAUCGACCACCAAGAUGGUAGAGGUGAAAACCGCAGCCACUUCUGGACCUACCCAGGGCAGAGUUAAAACAAGCUCUCCCCUCACCCACUCAUCUACAGAAACAGUUCAGACAACACAAAGACAAUCCACAAACUCAGAGAUCUCAACAGCCACAACACAACCGAGCUCAACUUUGAAGACACAGACUACCACGCUGCUUCCUCCUGGCCCCACAUCAACCGGUACAAUAACUUCAUCACAAGCCACAACACUCGUCUCUACUUCCUGUCAACCAAAGUGUGAAUGGACAGAAUGGUUUGAUAUGGACUUCCCAAGUUCUGGAAUCAAUGGGGGAGACUUUGAAACAUAUGAUAAUAUCAGGAAAGCAGGAGGGAAAAUUUGCAAAGACCCCAAAAAACUUGAGUGCCGAGCUGAAAAUUACCCUGAGGUAAGCAUUGACCAGAUUGGACAGGUUCUGCAAUGCAACCAGAAAUUUGGGCUGAUCUGCAAAAAUGAGGAUCAAAAGGGAAAAUUCAAAAUGUGCUUUAAUUAUAACAUUCGUGCCCUGUGCUGUAAUGACUGCCUCUCCCUAGUAACAGAAACAAUGACGACUCCAUCCACACCACAGAGCACAACUGAACUUACCACGCCCACCUCAACACUAAUGACAUCUACAAAGGAGGCUAUUUCAACUUCCCAAACCAGGAAAAAACCUCCCACUUCCUCACAAACUCAGAGUACAACUCAAAAGUCUUUUAGUUCCAAGCCCUUGACAGCUUUGGUCUUAACACAAAGUAUCCUAACAAAGCCUGGUCCAUUCAUAACAGCAAGAACCUCCACUGUGAAGUCUAGCACAGCAAGGACACACACCGCCCCAACAUCUGGAGCCACUGAGGUCACCAAGCUGCCAAAGACAACUCCUAGAUCUCUGAGCACAAGCUCAUCAUUUGGAACCACCUCCACUAGUCAAUCAGCACCUUUCAGCCCCAUUACCUCAGUCUCAACUGGGGCUACGUCACCCACAGAGUGCCAGCCCAGGUGUGUGUGGACAGACUGGAUUGACCAGAGCUACCCCAUCCCUGGAGAAAAUGGUGGAGACUUUGAGACCUAUGACAACAUCCGGGCUACAGGGGAAAGCCUCUGUGCGAAGCCCCAGAAAAUCCAGUGUCGAGCGGAGAACUACCCAAACCUGCCCCUCAGCCAAGUGGGACAGAAUGUGGAGUGUGAUGUGAGCAUUGGCCUGAUCUGCAGAAACCGAGAUCAGGCUGGCUCAAAAUACUGCUUGAACUACCACAUCAAGGUGCUCUGCUGUGAUGACUACCGCCAUUGCAAAGCCACCUCAUCACCACCUGUCACCACAUCUACCAUGACUUCAGUGAGCUCUCCCCUUCCCACCAACAUUACCAGCCAAACUACCCCAACCCCCUCUCACCCCACUGGCACCACACAGAAAGUAACUUCAUCUCAUUUGCUGCCGACCCUAUCUUCCCAUAAGACUGCCAGUGUGCCCACCAUGCCCACAAGUUCUGAAUCCACAACAGUCUCUGGAGGAACUACCCUCUCACUGUCUCCCAUCUCCAGAACGAUAGUCACCUCUCCAACGGGCUCCUCAACUUCAUCCAUAGGAUCCACAAGCUGUGCACCCAUCUGCAUUUGGACAGACUGGAUUGACCAGAGCUACCCCAUCCCUGGAAAAGAUGGGGGAGACUUUGAGACCUAUGACAACAUCCGGGCUUCAGGGAAAACCCUCUGUGAGAAGCCUGAGAAGAUCCAGUGCCGAGCGGAGAACUACAUGCACUUGAACAUCGACCAACUGGGACAAGUGGUCGAUUGCAAUGUGAACACUGGUCUAGUCUGCAGGAACAGGGACCAGUCUGGAAGGUUUAAAAUGUGCCUCAAUUACCACAUCAAGGUGCUCUGCUGUGAUUACUCCCGCUGCUCAACUACAGCCAGACCAGAAACCUCAUCUUACCUUCAUACUCUAUCUACCACUGCCAGAUCAAGGGUCCCACCUUACCUCAGUACUCUGUCUACUGCAGGAACCCACGCUGGCAGUACCCCCAUACUGUCAACCCUCAGCAGCCCCUCCAGUGCCAGUGCCACUCCCUCAGGAAGCAUGGCACCCACUACUCACUGUGCGCCCCGGUGUCGCUGGACCGAGUGGUUUGACACUCACAAACCCAAACCAGGCCGAUUUGGAGGCGAUAUUGAGACUUAUUACAGCAUCACGGAUGCUGGGGGCAAGCUCUGUCUGGAGCCCAAAGCCAUCGAGUGCCAGUCCUCAGUCUUCCCAGACACUCCCCUGGAGCAGCUCGAGCAGGUGGUGUGGUGCGACGUGGAUUACGGCUUGAUCUGCAGAAACAGUAAGCAGAAGGUUCCCAAUGCCGUGUGUCUCAACUAUCGAAUCCGGGUGCAGUGCUGCGAUGACUACAGCCACUGUGCGACAAGUCCACCUACAACCAGCACGGCUUCCACGGGAUCGGCUUCCUGGACGACACCGUCCACCGGCACCACGGCCACGUCUGCCAGCUCCAGAUCCCCGAGCACCUCCCCUACCUCAAGCCUGCAGACGGAGAGUACCAAGUUACCGCCAGUCACAGCGGGCACCGAGAAAGUUACCAGCUCAGGGCCAGUGACCUCUCCACAGCCCACCUCCACCAUCCCAUCAUCCACCGGCUCAACAGCACCAACCACUGCAGUAAUUUCCCCUGUGGCAUCUACCACAGCAGGGACACACACCGCCCCAACAUCCGAGGGUACUGAGGUCACCACACGCUCACAGACAGCUCCCAGAUCUCCGAGCACAAGCUCAUCAUUUGGAACCACUUCCACUAGUCAAUCAACAUCUCUCAGCCCCAUUACCUCAGUCUCAACUGGGGCUACAUCACCCACAGAGUGCCAGCCCAGGUGUGUGUGGACAGACUGGUUUGACCAGAGCUACCCCAUCCCUGGAAAAGAUGGGGGAGACUUUGAGACCUAUGACAACAUCCGGGCUUCAGGGAAAACCCUCUGUGAGAAGCCUGAGAAGAUCCGGUGCCGAGCGGAGAACUACAUGCACUUGAACAUCGACCAACUGGGACAAGUGGUCGAUUGCAAUGUGAACACUGGUCUAGUCUGCAGGAACAGGGACCAGUCUGGAAGGUUUAAAAUGUGCCUCAAUUACCACAUCAAGGUGCUCUGCUGUGAUUACUCCCGCUGCUCAACUACAGCCAGACCAGAAACCUCAUCUUACCUUCAUACUCUAUCUACCACUGCCAGAUCAAGGGUCCCACCUUACCUCAGUACUCUGUCUACUGCAGGAACCCACGCUGGCAGUACCCCCAUACUGUCAACCCUCAGCAGCCCCUCCAGUGCCAGUGCCACUCCCUCAGGAAGCAUGGCGCCCACUACUCACUGUGCGCCCCGGUGUCGCUGGACCGAGUGGUUUGACACUCACAAACCCAAACCAGGCCGAUUUGGAGGCGAUAUUGAGACUUAUUACAGCAUCACGGAUGCUGGGGGCAAGCUCUGUCUGGAGCCCAAAGCCAUCGAGUGCCAGUCCUCAGUCUUCCCAGACACUCCCCUGGAGCAGCUCGAGCAGGUGGUGUGGUGCGACGUGGAUUACGGCUUGAUCUGCAGAAACAGUAAGCAGAAGGUUCCCAAUGCCGUGUGUCUCAACUAUCGAAUCCGGGUGCAGUGCUGCGAUGACUACAGCCACUGUGCGACAAGUCCACCUACAACCAGCAUGGCUUCCACGGGAUCGGCUUCCUGGAUGACACCGUCCACCGGCACCAUGGCCACGUCUGCCAGCUCCAGAACCCCGAGCACCUCCCCUACCUCAAACCUGCAGACGGAGAGUACCAAGUUACCGCCAGUCACAGUGGGCACCGAGAAAGUUACCAGCUCAGGGCCAGUGACCUCUCCACAGCCCACCUCCACCAUCCUAUCAUCCACCGGCUCAACAGCACCAACCACUGCAGUAACUUCCCCUGUGGCAUCUACCACAGCAGGGACACACACCGCCCCAACAUCCGAGGGUACCGAGGUCACCACACGGUCACAGACGAUUCCCAGAUCUCCAAGCACAAGCUCAUCAUUUGGAACCAUCUCCACAAGUCAAUCAACAUCUCUCAGCUCCAUUACCUCAGUCUCAACUGGGGCUACGUCACCCACAGAGUGCCAGUCCAGGUGUGUGUGGACAGACUGGUUUGACCAGAGCUACCCCAUCCCUGGAGAAGAUGGGGGAGACUUUGAGACCUAUGACAACAUCCGGGCUACAGGGAAAAGCCUCUGUGCGAAGCCCCAGGAAAUCCAGUGUCGAGCGGAGAACUACCCAAUCCUGCCCCUCAGCCAAGUGGGACAGAAUGUGGAGUGUGAUGUGAGCAUUGGCCUGAUCUGCAGAAACCGAGACCAGGCUGGCUCAAAAUACUGCUUGAACUAUCACAUCAAAGUGCUCUGCUGUGAUGACUACCGCCAUUGCAUAACUCCGAGCUCAAGCCCCUCUACGGCUUCCAGUUCGAGGACUCCACAUGUGAGCACAUCUACUUUGCAGACAUCCACCAUCUCCACCUUCUCCACUUCUGUAUCCGUCCCUCCCACCUCACAGCCAACUCUGAUGCCCUCCACCUUCACAACCCCCUGCUUCUGCUUCGUGUCAGGAGACCUGCUUUCUCCUGGUGAAGUAAUCUACAACAAGACAGACAAAGCUGGGUGUAGUUUUUUUGCCAUUUGCAACCAACAUUGUGAGAUAGAAAGAUUUAAUGGACCAUGUCCAACUCCAACAUCAACUGUCCCCCAAACAACUCCUCCUCCAGGCUGCUAUGAUGUCCAUCCAACAAGACAGCCUGGAGAGCAAUGGACCAGUAAUUGCCAAGACUGCACCUGUGACAACAGCUCCCUCACCGUACAAUGUAGACCUGUGCAGUGCCCAGAGCCCACACCACCCCCCAAGUGCCAAAAGGAGGGCUUUGUCAUUGUCUACCAGGCUCGGGCAGAAGAUUCAUGCUGUAUGGAGGCACACUGUGUCUGCAACCAGUCAAGCUGCCCUCAAGACCAGCCAGGCUGUGGACCCCAAGAGGAGCUGUUUAGCUUGCUGCCUGUGGACACCUGCUGUCCUGUCUUCGGGUGCAGAGAGAAAAUGUGUGAGCACAACGGGACCACCUACGGGGGAUCCCCAUCUCCCUUCCCGACCACACCCAGGCCAGCUCCCCGGAAACAGCAGAAGGCUUCCUCUGUGGACGGGCACAUCAAUAAGGGACCAGGGCCUGCUCCAAGAGGGACAGAGAGUGUGUGUGUGCCCGCAUGUUCAGAGAGUGCCCCGGGGGCCACCGCCAUCCCAGCUCGGUGCCUUUGGGAAGCUCCUGCCGCUGACCACCAGAAGCUCCCUCGUCUUUGGCCUGGACGAUGCCCCGUUCCCCCAGCUUUGCAGCGGUCCUCAGCGGAUCCCCUGCUUCGGGUCCCAUGUGCCCCUGGGGACCCUCGGCCCCCUCCCCUGGCCCUGCGCAGAGACCCCAGCCGUCGCCAUUCCCUUAACCCCGGCCCUCUUCCCUCCCAGAUUGGGUCGAGCGUGCCAUCGGAUCUGCCCUGCCACAACUGCACCUGCCGCGCCGAAGUGAACCCGGCCACCAACAGCACGGUGUGGUGCGAGCCCAAGCACUGCUCCAGCACCUGCGGCCCGGUUGGGCCUCGGGAGGAGCCUGUGGGUGCCAAGCCGGAGAGUGGGCUGGCCCGGGAUGAGGGAGCGAGGGUCCCGGGGGCAGCCCCUCGGGUUGGGGCUGCGCCAGACCAAGGCAUCUGUGGGAGGGACAGGGGUCCAGGCAGGGGAAGGACAGAGAGGACCCAGGAAAACUCAGCCCCCUUCUUGCCUCCCCCCAAGGACCAGGAGUACCGCGUGUGGCCAGGCCAGUGCUGUGGGCAGUGUGAGCCCUUGGGCUGCCUCACCCCAGACGACAAGUGGAUUAAGCUCAACGAGACCUGGGUCAUCCCCGGCACGGACAACUGCACGCAGUACCGCUGCGAGGAAGUGGACGGUAACACCAUCCUGUCUCCGCGGCCAGCUGAGUGCCCGGAGGUCCCGCUGUGCCAGGGAAUCCUCAGGAAGGUUGGCUGCUGCUAUGAAUGUGAAGAGCUUGAGGAAAACUGCGGGGUCCAGUCCAACGAGACGCUUCUCCGACACGGGGACUGCGUGUCAGAGACGGCCGUCAAUCUCACCUUCUGCGCCGGGUCCUGCACUUCCAUGUCCAUGUAUUCUCUGGAGGCUAACGAGAUGCAGAGGAAGUGUACCUGCUGCCGGGAGACCCGGGUGCACCAGGAAGAGGUGAAGAUGAAGUGUCCGGACGGCACGGAGAUCCGGAGCAGCUACACGUAUGUGGAUGCCUGCAGCUGCCUGCCCGCCUGCCUGCCCUCCCCCACGGAAGCCUUUGCUACCUAGGGACAUGCUGGAGGAGCAUGGAGGGAGGGCGCCAAAUCCCACCGGAGCCCGGCCUGGAAAGAGACUCUUUUCUAAGCCCAGGAAACUUUGCUUGCCUUUUUUGCCUGCUUGCUCUGCAACAGCCCCUCCAGCAGCCCUAGAUUCUUCAUGAGUCCCCAAUAAGGGGAGGUUUGAGCAUCCUGGGGUCUUGCCCUGAGUGGCUAAGCACCUUGUGGGGAGGCUCUGAUGGAUACAAUGAGACUCGAGGUUCUUGUCCCAAGGAGAGGCUGGAGGCCCUGAGUUAAUAGGCCCUGUGAGUCCUUAAGAGCAGACUGUCUUUUGCCCUUUGUGCCUUUAGUAAUUAGCACAGUACUUCGCACGUUGUAGUCACUUAAUAAAUGCUUAUUGACUGCCUAAGAGAUAUGCCGACACUUAAAACAGAAAGAGCGGCCAUGGACCAUCAGCCCCAGACUCCCUCACCUUGCUAAGGUGAGACCUGGUGCUCUCCAAGGUGCUCGGAAGCCUCUCCAUUCAUUCUUCCAGCAGGAACCCCAAACACAGGACCAGGCAUGCUCAGUCAGAUCCUAACUUGUUCCCUUCCUUCCCUUUGGAAGGGGCUUUUACAGUAGCAGUAAAUAUUUCUCUCUCUCUCUGUCCCCAUGGCCAUGAAUGGUGGUAGUGAAACCAACACUCCCUCCCAUUUCUGGCUUCCUGGUUCUAACUCCAUGCAGACAAGAGAAGGCUCAUGCUGGCAGGCAGAAAGCAGGGAUUCAUCUCCCUAUUUGACAAGAGAAGAAGCUGAGGCAUGGGGGGAUGAGCGAGCAGAUGCAGGCAACCUCCUUGAGCUCUUAUGACCUCCCUGUUCCUAAAGGAUUCAAUAAAAACUUCGCCAUUCUGGGUCGUGUUGGUCUCUUGUUUGUGCGGCAGCGUCUCCAAGAUUCAGCAUCU